GAACCGGCGCGCCUCCGCCCCAUAGAGGAAAAUGUUAGCCGUCCCGCCGCCACCGUUGCCGCACCUAUCCGCCACCUCAUCUUAUCCCAAAUAUCCUCUCCGCCGCUUUGUCUGGACGAGACGGGCCGGUCUCGGCUUCUCAUACUCCUCCCACCGCACAGCUCCUUUGCCACCGGCGGCAGUACGGGAUGAGGAUGGCUUUACCAAACACUCCAGUUACGUUUUCCAGCUUAAUCCUGCCGAGGAAGAAGCGCUUACAGAGUACGGCAUCGAGAAAAUCAGUGCGAUCUACCAGAACAAGCCGUUCGUUGUGUUGCGACGACUCUUCCAAAUAGUGUCUACGCUCGGCAAAUGGUUCUCCCUCAGACACGCCGAUACAGUUUUCGAACGAGUAGAUGAGAUGUUCAAGAUUAGAGCUGAGGAACUGAGGAAGAUACUAGUUCAGCUUGGUCCGGCAUAUGUUAAAAUUGCACAGGCUGUCUCGUCUCGGCCUGAUUUGAUUCCCCCUUCAUAUUUGGAUGAGCUCUCUUUGUUACAAGAUCAAAUAACUCCAUUUCCGAAUGAAGUUGCUUUUGGUACAAUAGAGCAAGAGCUUGGAUUGCCAUUAGAUGUACUUUUCUCUGAGAUUUCACCAGAGCCUGUUGCAGCAGCAUCACUUGGACAGGUUUACCAAGCUAGGCUUCGCUCUAAUGGGCAAAAAGUUGCCGUCAAAGUGCAAAGGCCAGGAGUUCAAGCUGCAAUCUCCUUGGAUAUUUUGAUUUUAAGGUUUCUAGCAGGCCUAGUUAGGAAAGCGGGAAAGUUCAAUACUGAUCUUCAGGCGGUUGUUGACGAGUGGGCAUCAAGCCUUUUUUGGGCAAUCCAAUUGAAUGCAGGAGAUGGAUUAUAAGAGGGAAGCACAUAAUGCAGUCAAAUUCAGGCAGUUGUAUGGUGACAUUAAAGAUGUUGUGGUUCCAGAAAUGUAUAUGUCACAAACUACUCGUAAAGUUCUCACCAUGCAAUGGGUGGAGGGGACAAAGCUGGCUGAAAUAAAGGAUCUUUAUUUGAUUGAGGUUGGGGUGUACUGCUCAUUCAAUCAACUUUUGGAACAUGGAUUUUAUCAUGCAGAUCCACAUCCUGGAAACUUUCUUCGGACAUAUGAUGGAAAGCUUGCCUACUUAGACUUUGGAAUGAUGGGGGAAUUUAAACAAGAACUUCGCGAUGGCUUCUUGGAAGCGUGUCUCCAUCUUGUAAAUCGUGAUUAUGAUGCACUGGCCAAGGACUUUGUCACUCUUGGGCUUCUUCCACCAACAGUAGACAAGGAUGCAGCUACAACGGCAUUAACAGGUUUUUGC